CUUGUGUUUCACGUCAUAGCUAAUGAUGCUCUUGAUAAACACAGAAAGAGACCUGUGAUAAUUUUAAUACGUAUAACGUUAAACCACAUUUGACAGCAGUGUGAGCUGUAAAUGGUAAAUGACGUGCUUCAGCAUUCACCUUCUCGAAAGGGCUCGCGAAUUGCAGUCGACAGAAACACAGGGUGGGGGAUGCGCUAUUUAAAGAGGGACUGGAGGGUGGAAAACACAACACAGAAUUACUGAGCAGCGGAUUUAAAAAACGCGUCGUUUAUAGAGUAUUUUUUUUUUUGAGUAGUCACAUUCGACAACGACUUGCGCUGCAAGCGCAUGACAGCCGCUGAGGGACUGGUUUUCAUGUGUGAAUGAUACUGGACGCGGAGGAGAGAAAAUGGGGAAGGAUUAUUAUAAAAUAUUGGGGAUUCAGAAAGGAGCAACAGAAGAUGAGAUUAAAAAGGCAUAUAGAAAGCAGGCACUGAAAUGGCACCCUGACAAAAACAAGGCAGCCAAUGCAGAAGAAAAAUUCAAGGAAAUCGCAGAGGCAUAUGAUGUUCUCAGCGAUCCCAAAAAGCGGAAUAUAUAUGACCAGUUUGGAGAAGAAGGUCUUAAAGGAGGAGGAGGAGGAGGAGGAGGAACCACUGAUGGACAAGGGGGCAGCUACACAUACACAUUCCAUGGAGACCCACAUGCUACCUUUGCUGCCUUCUUUGGAGGCUCAAACCCUUUUGAAAUGUUCUUUGGCCGGAAGGCAGCUAAUGGACGGGACGAAGAAGACAUGGAGGUGGACGGUGACCCCUUCAGCUCGUUCACCAGCUUCAACCUAAAUGGCUUCCCCCGGGAUCGUCACAUGGGGUUGGGGCAGCAGCUUCAGCGGAAGCAGGACCCUGCCAUCCACCAUGAACUGCGUGUUUCCCUAGAGGAGAUCUUCCACGGCUGCACCAAGAGGAUGAAGAUCUCCCGCAGGCGGCUCAACCCGGACGGGCGGACCACACGCACAGAGGACAAGAUUCUCACCAUUGAGAUCAAGCGGGGCUGGAAGGAGGGCACUAAGAUCACUUUCCCGCGUGAGGGUGAUGAGUCGCCCAACACCAUCCCUGCAGACAUUGUCUUUGUCAUUAAGGAUAAACCCCAUGCUAACUUCCGGAGAGAGGGGUCCAACAUUGUGUAUCCUGUGAGAGUCAGUCUGCGGCAGUCGUUGUGUGGUUGUUCAGUCACUGUGUCGACAAUAGAUGGGAAAACAUAUAACAUGAAGAUCACAGAUGUCAUCAAACCCGGGAUGAGAAAGGUUAUUGCUGGACAAGGACUUCCUUUCCCUAAAAACCCAGACCAGAGAGGAGACCUGGUGGUGGAAUUUGAUGUGAUUUUUCCAGACAGUCUCCCAGCAAAUGCAAAAGAAGUGCUGAAACGACAUUUACCUGCCUCAUGAAAGACUUGACCAAGCAGAUGGUUGGCGCCAUGGUAACAUGAACAAUGGUGACCUUUAACAUAUCUCUUUGAAAUAAUUAAAUAUACUUCUUUUGCCAGUACAAUAUUUUUAAGAGACCCUGCAUGCUGUAAGCUUCAACUUUUUUAAAGCAUAAAACCAGUGCAAAGAGUGCAAAAAGUUUCAUUUUUCUCUGUCAUCCAAAAACUUUUAUUAUUAUUUAUUUGCAGUAUUGGGUCAAUUUGGGGGUUUGAUCAAUCAAGAUAACCAAGCAUGUCAAGCUUGCAUUACUUAUUAAACAACAUAAAUUAAAAAAUCUCAAAGAAGUUAUCAGGAACAAAAAUACAGGAACAAAAGUUAUCAGGCACAUUUUUUUCUAUCACUAAGGCUAUUUUUUUUUACUUUUGUUUUGUUUAAUUGGUUGCUUGGAGUGACCCACCAAGCUUAA